GCAACACCGGGAUCAGCCGCAGUUGAGUACUGUACUCUGAUUGAGAGUGAUACGGGCUAGUCGAUUAAGAAUUUUGCAACGUAUUAGACAAGUCAACAUGUCCAGAGUGCCGAAAUUGAAGUUGAACAAUGGGAGGGAAAUUCCCGUCUUUGGCUUGGGAACGUGGAAGUCAAAACCCGGGCAAGUUGCUCAGGCGGUGAAGGACGCGAUCGACAUCGGCUACCGACACAUCGAUUGUGCUCACGUUUACGGAAACGAGAAGGAAGUCGGUGCGGCACUGGCGGCAAAAUUUGCCGAAGGAGUGGUAAAACGGGAGGACCUCUUCAUAACCAGCAAACUUUGGAACACGUUCCACAAGCCAGUACUCGUCGAGCCAGCCCUGAAAACAACCCUCAAUGACCUUGGCCUUGAAUACCUUGACCUCUACUUGAUGCAUUGGCCUUUUGCCUACAAAGAAGACCCGACAAAUCUCUUCCCGUCUAAUGCCGAUGGCUCCGUGAAGUACAGCGAAGUCGACUACCUUGAUACCUGGAAGGCGAUGGAGAACGUUAACAAGAAAGGACUCACCAAGAGCAUCGGAGUGAGCAACUUCAACUCUGAACAACUCGAGAGAGUCGUGAAGAACGCCGAAAUCCUACCGGUGACGAAUCAGGUCGAAUGCCACCCGUAUCUGCCCCAGUUAAAAUUAUCAGAAUUAUGCAAGAGCAAGAACAUCGUAGUGACGGGUUACAGUCCUCUUGGUUCUCCGGACAGACCCUGGGCCAAACCGGAUGAUCCCCAGCUGUUGGAAGAUCCCAAGAUUAAAGAGAUCGGCCGAAAGUACAAUAAGACAUCCGCCCAAGUUCUCAUCCGCUACCAGAUCGAUCGCGGCCACGUAGUCAUUCCAAAGUCCGUUACAAAGUCUCGAAUCGAAGAGAACUUUCAGGUGUUUGAUUUCGAGUUGACACCUGAGGACAUCGAGUCCAUUACGAGCUUGGACUGCAACGGCAGAUGUGUUCCGAUGAAAAGUGCGCAAACUCACAAAUACUGGCCAUUCGGAAUUCCGUACUAAAUCUAUGCGUCAAUUCUAUUUAUAUUGUUUGUACCAUCGAGUGUGAUUUAGAAGACUGCACCCACUGUUUAUUAAAAGAACCUACCGUAAA